UUCAAAUCUUUAUUUGCAGUUCUGUUGCAUAUAUAUAGAACCGUUAGUUCACAAAGACAGCUUUUAUGUUGUCAAGAUACUGAAAAUCUUUCAUUAGCCAAGAUCAACAGUGCGUUCGACUACUAAAGCUGCAAAAUGAGACUUCUUGGAAUAUUCUUGGUAGCAGUUUCAGUUGUUGCAGGGGCAGAUGAUUGUCCAUCAGGUGACAAGAAAAGCUUUGCAAUGCUUGGUUGUUACCAGUCAACCCAAGGAAACAGCAUGAUAUUCAGUGAUAGAAGCAACAUUAACUGGGGCAAUAUUGAGAAAUACAUGCAUAAAUUGGCAUGCCAAUGUGGCAAAAGAGCGAAGGAGGCCAAUUACGCAGGCUUUUCAUUGAUGUUUUACGGUGAGUGCCAUGGUAAGACAAAAGAGCAACUAGAGGAACUCGAGUCAAGAAGUCAUCAGCAGAAUUUGUGCGUUGGUGACCAGAAGUAUACUCAUUGUGACAAAGGAAAGCAUGAACAUUGCACCGGAAAAGAAUUCGCAGAGGGUGUUUUCAAGUUUAAGAGUCCUGAAGAAAAAAGUGUAGACGGAGGGCUUGGACAGUGGCAACCAUGGACAAAAUGCGACAAAGAGUGCGGUCAAGGGUGGCGAGUCAGGGAACGAAACUGUGAUAACCCUGAACCUAAAGGAGAAGGAAAGGACUGCUCUGAUCUUGGGCCUUUGUCGGAAAGAGAAAAAUGUCAAGUUAAAGAAUGUCCAGUUGAUGGUGGAUAUGGCCCAUGGGAGCCUAUUGGCACAUGCAGUAAGUCGUGUGGCAGAGGGGAGAAACUGAUAAUUAGAAGGUGUGAGAACCCAAAGCCUGCUCAUGGAGGCAAAGAUUGUUCAAAGUUGGGAGAAACAAAUCAAACUGUAGCCUGCAAUUUGAAACCCUGUCCAGUUGAUGGAGGCUAUGGACCAUGGAGCAGUUAUGGAUCGUGCAGUGUGUCAUGUGGAACGGGAACAAAGACGAGAACAAGAUCUUGCAACAGCCCACUUCCAGCUUAUAACGGAACGGACUGUUCAAAGCUCGGCCCUGCAAGACAAAGUGCAGAAUGCAGCAGCAAGCCCUGUGGAAUUACGACACCAUCCUGGAGCAGAGGAGACGGAACUGGUGGACCUGAGGAAAAUAUUGGCAAGGUAUCGAACAAGGAAGAAUGCAUUGCAAAAUGUUUGAAAAAGUCUCGUAAUGGCAAACCAGCCAACGGAGCCACUGUGGAUGCUGCGACAGAGAAAUCCUGCUAUUGUGAAUAUGGCCAAACUGGAAGAAACAGUGCUUCUAGCUGGAAAAAUACUUUCAUCAGGCCAAUUGAUGGUGGGUAUGGAUCCUGGUCAAAAUUCGGAUCGUGUAGCAAAACAUGUGGUGGAGGAACCAAGUCUAGAAGUCGUCCAUGUAAUAAUCCAGCGCCAUUAAUGGGUGGAGAGAGUUGCUCCCGUCUAGGCUCAGCCACAGAAAGUGCUUCUUGCAAUACCUUUGCCUGCCCAAGUUCUGCUAUCAAAUGGGAGAGAGGUGAUGGUACCGGUGGCAGUGAAGUAAAUAUUGGAAAAGUAACCAAUGCAGCUGAAUGCGUGGCGAAAUGUUCUUCAAGGAAGAAGAAUGGCAAGUUAGCCAAUGGGGCAACUGUUGAUGCUGCUACGCAGAAGAGGUGUUAUUGCGAGUUUGGCCAAACUGGAAGAAACUCAGCAGCUAGCUGGCGAAACACAUUCAUCAGGCCACUUGAUGGUGGCUACGGAUCGUGGUCAAACUUCGGAUCAUGUAGCAAAACAUGUGGUGGAGGAACCAAGUCUAGAAGUCGUCCAUGUAAUAAUCCAGCGCCAUUAAUGGGUGGAAAGGAUUGCUCCCGUCUAGGCUCAGCCACAGAAAGUGCUCCUUGCAACACUUUUGCCUGCCCAAGCUCUGCUAUCAAAUGGGAAAGAGGCGAUGGUACCGGCGGCAGUGAAGUAAAUAUUGGAAAAGUAACCAAUGCAGCUGAAUGCGUGGCGAAAUGUUCUUCAAGGAAGAAGAAUGGCAAGUUAGCCAAUGGGGCAACUGUUGAUGCUGCUACGCAGAAGAGGUGUUAUUGCGAGUUUGGCCAAACUGGAAGAAACUCAGCAGCUAGCUGGCGAAACACAUUCAUCAGGCCACUUGAUGGUGGCUACGGAUCGUGGUCAAACUUCGGAUCAUGUAGCAAAACAUGUGGUGGAGGAACCAAGUCUAGAAGUCGUCCAUGUAAUAAUCCAGCGCCGUUAAUGGGUGGAAAGGAUUGCUCCCGUCUAGGCUCAGCCACAGAAAGUGCUUCUUGCAACACUUUUGCCUGUCCAAGCUCUGCUAUCAAAUGGGAAAGAGGCGAUGGUACCGGCGGCAGUGAAGUAAAUAUUGGAAAAGUAACCAAUGCAGCUGAAUGCGUGGCGAAAUGUUCUUCAAGGAAGAAGAAUGGCAAGUUAGCCAAUGGGGCAACUGUUGAUGCUGCUACGCAGAAGAGGUGUUAUUGCGAGUUUGGCCAAACUGGAAGAAACUCAGCAGCUAGCUGGCAAAACACAUUUAUCAGACCACUUGAUGGUGGCUACGGAUCGUGGUCAAACUUCGGAUCAUGUAGCAAAACAUGUGGUGGAGGAACCAAGUCUAGAAGUCGUCCAUGUAAUAAUCCAUCGCCAUUAAUGGGUGGAAAGAGCUGCUCCCGUUUAGGCCCAGCCACAGAAAGUGCUCCUUGCAAUACCUUUGCCUGCCCAAGCUCUGCUAUCAAAUGGGAGAGAGGUGAUGGUACCGGUGGCAGUGAAGUAAAUAUUGGAAAAGUAACCAAUGCAGCUGAAUGCGUGGCGAAAUGUUCUUCAAGGAAGAAGAAUGGCAAGUUAGCCAAUGGAGCAACUGUUGAUGCUGCUACGCAGAAGAGGUGUUAUUGCGAGUUUGGCCAAACUGGAAGAAACUCAGCAGCUAGCUGGCGAAACACAUUCAUCAGGCCAUGAAAAUAAAGUUUACACUGUCUCAAUAUAGUUUUAUAUCUUACAUAUUAUAUCCAAUAUGUAACAUCAGUUUGUUUGCAUUUGUUUCAGGAAGUAGCAUUUAGUUUUAAGAGUGCUAUGCUUAUUCAGAUUCAUUUAUUAUUAUUGCACUGUCAUUGA